ACCGCUUUCAUAUUCGUCACAUCGUCACAAGCCCAGCAUCAAACCCAUUACUCAUGUCUAUGACCAAGCCCAUGAUAAAGCGUUCCUAGCCGACGAAAACUUUAUUUUCUUCGUUUAAAACUUUGCACGAUAUACAUUAUCAAAUCAACGUCUUAGCGUCGUCACCUUAAGGCUUUAACCAUUAACUAUUUCCUCAAAACUUGGAUCAGACAAAGCCUUGUAUCGAAGCUUUGGUACCAAAACUUCGAAUCAAAGCCUCUCACUGAAGCUCAGUCGACCCUUAUACGUUAAGCUACUACCCAAGAAAUAAGAAUACUACCCAAGCACUCGAGCACCCAAAAAAAUCAGCCAUUUUACUGUCGACGAGGCAUAAGCCCCUCAGCACACCACCAUACUUCACCCUAGUUCCGUCGUUCCGUCAAGGCUACAAGUACAUAAAUAAAGGCCGUCAUAAUCCCUCUCAUUUCCCUCUUUUUUGGUUUUUUUUCCCCUUCGCAUUAUCAGCAUCAACUCCUAACGCACUCCCUUCGAAAAGCUUUAGUCAUAAAUAAUAUCAUAUCAGCUCGUGAAAUACGAUGGACGAAUCAACUGUUGACCUCGCUUCUAAACGUGAGGAGAUGGCCAAACUCAGCAAUGUAGAACAGACACAGCUCAUACUUGCCCGACUUAUGGAAGGUGGCCAGGAAGACGAAGAUACUUGUCGCGAACUUGACCGUCUUACAAAAAUGCUAAACGACGACGCCAACGACAACAACAAGAAGCAAUCUAUCUGCGAUGUAAUUGAUGAUGUUUGUGUCGACACCAUACUCGGCUAUCUAGACAUGAGGCAAGCGGAGUCCGUCCGUAGCCACGCCGUCUUGACUGCCUCGGCCUACCUAAAAGCCGCCGGAGUCAAUGGGAAGGACGCUCUACGCAAAUUCUUCUUCGAUAGAGUUCAGAGAGGAACUUAUGACGACUAUAUCGUCGCUUUUUGCGUCGCAGCCGCUGUAUUCUCUAUCGCUCCAGACGUAACGGCUGACAUAUUCCUCAGCGAAGGCUUCUUGGCCACCUUGGAUCCUUUGAUGCGACGAAAAUGGAAGAGCAGAAAAGUCGAGACAGCAUGCCUAGAAAUGCUUAACGUCGCUUCCAUGAACCAGCAAUGUCGUGAGGCGAUCCGGAAGUAUUGCACCGACUGGUUAGAAGAGGUUGUCGACCAAGAUCCGGAUGAGUUGGCUAAGGCUAUGUAUACGGCAGACCCUGAGAUUCAGGUGUCAGAAGGUUCGAUUGCUAUGAGAAGACACUCCUCAGCGGUACAAAACCUAGCCGCGGUUAUCUUGACAAAAUUGAAAGCAGUGCCGUCGUCGGCAGGAGAGACGACGGAAGGAUCCGAAGGUAGAAUACAACAAGCGAACACCAGUAUCGAAGACCUGUCCAAGAUGUUUAGUACCAUGAUUUUGAAGGACCCAGAGCAAGGCAAGCGACAUUCAGUAGAGGGGUUAGCUUACGCAACAAUCCAGCCCGGAAUUAAGGAGGAGGUCGCGCAAAACAAAGAGCUCCUCAAGGCUCUCGUCAAGGUUUUAAGCGAUGCCCCAGCAAAGUCGCCGCUUACAUAUGGAGCCCUGAGUAUUUUUGUUAAUCUAACCCGUUAUCAACCAGUACAGUCCGAGGAAGAAAAGAAGAUGACCCAGCUAAAGGCCUACGCGAACGCUGCCGGAAAAUUAGCAGCGCCAAACCCGUUGAACGACGACGACCAUGUUUCGGAGCGAUGUAAAAAUGUUUUUGAAGCCGGAAUCGUACCGGUCCUGGUAACGCAUAGCAGACACGGUUCUGUCGCUUCGCUCAACCUUAUUGUAUCAAUCAUUUAUGCAUUAUCAGUUACAACCAGCUUGCGAGGUCAACUCGCGCAGCAGGGAGCCGUUAAUUUGCUUAUCGCCGCCGUGUCAGCCCUGCCAGAUACCGAGUCUCAAGCCAAACGAACAGCAGCCCAAGCACUCGCUCGUAUACUUAUCAGCACCAACCCAGCUCUCGUGUUCGGCGGCACCCGCGCCCGUCCGCAGAACUCGGCGAUUAGGCCCCUCAUUUACAUACUUACGCCCGACCCCGCAGCCGAAACUCGAGAUCUCCUGCCGACGUUCGAAGCGCUGAUGGCGCUGACCAAUUUAGCCUCUACCGACGACGACACCCGGGUGACGAUCAUCCGUAACGCGUGGCCCGAGAUCGAAGAGCUGAUGCUGUCGUCCAAUAAUCGGGUAUCCAAGGCUGCUGUGGAACUGGUGUGCAACCUGAUGCAGUCCGUCGAAGGCGUCGCUCAGUACGCGGCGGAUAACCCACAAGCUGCUAAUCGACUACACGUUUUACUUGCUCUUGCGGACGCGGAGGACGAGGGGACGCGGAGCGCCGCCGGUGGCGCCUUGGCUGCUCUCACGGCGUACGACGCCAUCGUUACGGGGAUUGUGAAGAGGCCGCGCGGGGUGGACGUCGUUCUAGGUCUAUGCGGCGAGCAGAGCGAGGACCUGCGGCAUCGGGGCGCGUUCGUCGUGUUCAACAUGGUCGCGUGCGAGGGGGAGGCCGGGAAGAUGGCGCGCGAGGCGAUCCGGGAUAAGAACGGGGUCGAGGUUUUGAAGGGGUGCGCGAAGACUAGUCGAAGGGCUGAGGUCGUUGAAGUCACUGUUCAGGCUCUCAAGAUUCUGCUUGAGCAGUAGGACUGAGAAGACCGACAAGGCGGAGAGGGGGGGGGUUGUUAGUUGGUUUAUUGCAAUUGGAGCUGCGUUGUUCGUGUAUGCUUGGAAUAAUUGAAUUAUAUCAUUGUUAUUGUCGAGGGCAGAAACAUUCAAUUUGGGAAUUAUUGCGGUUUUACUACUGUCUUCGUCUAGUGCAAUCAAUGCAAUAUUUUAUAAAAGUCCACGUCUUAAAA